ACCAUGUAGAAGGAGUAACCCGACAACUCCGUGCAAGUCAGCGGCAGAAGCAUGCUCUUCCGACCAGCCCCCAAUUUCUUUGCUGCCCAGUCCGUAUUUCUUUCUGCAGGUAUGGAGUCAAUUUUUGGCCAAAUUUUCGCAAGGGCCAUGAUGAAUCAAGGGAAAUUGGACGGUGAAGAUUAGAGUAGUCUAGGGUUUUGGUCGGGAUUUUGUAUAAAUAGGCUGGCUUUUUUUUUUUUUUUUGGCUGUUUUUUUUUUAAGCCCCUUUUUUUCAGGAAGAAGUUUUUCUAUGGUUAAAUGCUUUUUUUUUUUUUUUUCUGAGGAGGGAGGUUCCAGAGUUCUAGCUCCUCGGGAGGUGUAGGCGGCAGUGAAGAGAAUUUGUCAUUCCAUUGAAGUUUUUGCUUCCUUGAGCAAAUUUUCAGUAUUUUUUUUACUGGAUUCUCCUCUUUAGUCCUUGAAAAUGACUUGUCUGAUGGUAUUCUUUUAUUUGUUGGCUUUCUGAACUUUAGUCAUGAAAUCCUUUGCAGCAAUAUGAUUUUGUUUGUGAUCUUUUCUAUUUGAGUCUAAGUGUCAUUGUUUACUAUUGGGGUUCUUCUCAUCUCAGUUUAAUUUUGCCUUUUCUCUGGGUAUUAUUUGUGCAAGGAAAGUGUCAACGAGUUCUGUUUCUGCUUUGUCAUUCUGAUACUUAAAAUUG